AUGAAGACCGCUGCUUUCGCCCUCUCUGCGUUGGUCGCCGCUGUGGCCGCCCAGGAUUUCUCUGAUCUGACCAGCUGCGCUGCCGAGUGUGGCCGCAGCAUGCUCGACGCCUCCAAGGCUCGCGAGCUUGGCUGUGAGGAUACCGACCUCCUGUGCUUGUGCCAGAACCCCGACUUCACCUACGGUCUACGUGACUGCGCUCGCGAGGCUUGCUCUGGUGAUGACCAGGAAGCCCUGGUCAGUGCUGGCCUGCAGGUGUGCGCCGAGGUCGGCGUUGGGAUCACUACCGGCUCCGAGGGCAACCCUACCAUCACCGCCACUUCUACCGAUGACGCCCUUGUCACCACCAUCACCUCUGAUGGUAGCGCCUGGACUACCUCCACCAUGGAGCCCAGCAACGUGGUUGGCUCGGUCACCUCCGCUUUGGGUGACAUUACUUCUUCUGCUGGCGACGCCGCCAGUUCUGUCAGUGACGCCGCCACCUCUGCUAUGGGAUCCGCCAGCGACGCCGUCACCUCUGCCCUGGGUGAUGCCAGCGACGCCGUCACCUCUGCUCUCGCCUCUGCCAGUGAUGCUGCCAGCUCUGUCAGUGACGCCGUCUCCUCUGCUAUGGAAUCCGCCAGCGACGCCGCAUCUUCUGCUGCCGAGUCUGCCGACCCAUCCGAGACUGAUGGCGGUAACGAGGAUGGCGAUAACGAAGAUGACAACAACGAGGACGGUGGCGAUAACGAGGAUGCUGCUAUGCCUAUGCGCACUGCCGCCCCUGCUGCCAUCCUUGGCGCUGCUGGUCUGGCUAUCCUGAUGCUGUAA